AUGGUGGACCUCAGCACACGCAGACUGCGCGGGCUGCCCCUGCAGGUGUGCGGCUUCCGCAACGUGGUGAAGCUGUACGCCAGCGACAACCUCCUGCGCGACCUCCCGGUCGAGCUCGGCCGCCUCAGCCGCCUGCGCAUCCUCGCGCUCGACGCCAACCGCCUGGACGAGCUGCCGCGCUGCGUGUGCGGCCUCGCCUCCCUCUCGCGCCUCUACCUGGGCGGCAACCGCCUGCGCUCGCUGCCCGCCGAGCUGCGCGACCUGCGCGCCCUCCGCUCCCUCUGGAUCGACAACAACCGCUUCCGCUCGCUGCCGCCCUCCCUCUGCGAGCUGCCCCAGCUGCGCACGCUCCAGGCGGGCGACAACCGCCUGCGCUCGCUGCCCGACGGCGUCGCGCGGCUGCGCGAACUGCGCGGCAUCUGGCUCUAUGGCAACCGCUUCACCGAGUUCCCCGACGUGCUGCGGCGCGCCGAGAGCCUCGAGGUCAUCGACGUCGACCGCAACGGCAUCCGCCGCUUCCCGCCGCUGUCGCGCAUGCCCCGUCUCAAGCUGCUCUCGUUCGACCACAACCCCUGCCGCCUGCCGCCCGAGGUGGCCGCACGGGUGACGCUGGUCGGGGAGGCCGAGGGGGCGGUGGGCGGGCGGCCGCUCACGGCGAGGGGCGGCGGCGGCGGCACGGUGGCGCUGGCGGCCGCCGUCACGGAAGAUUCCGACGUUCGCUGAGCCCGGCGGGGUUGACCCGGUUUGCUGCCGCCGCCGCCACCACCGCUGCUGCUGCUACUGGUUGUUGUUGUUGUUGUUUUUCUACGACGGCGCGCGUUUGGGGGGUGUCACAUUCGGCGAGAGUUUCUAGCAAGUGCCCGGUGGUGUUUCCAGCCCGGUGGUUUUAAUGCGAGGUGAACUUUCAUUGUGACGGCACACGAUGAGCAAACACCGCGGUCAACCCCCAUACGGUUUAUAAGCCCGUAUUCUUGUACAGGUAAAUUGAGUGUUCAGGGCCAUUCGCCUCAAGAACCGUUUCAAUACGGGCAAAACAAAAUGACGCGUCUAUUUGUUUGUGUUUCUCCCCUUGUGAUGGGACUUUAUAGGAUGAACGUUGAGAUUUAAAAGGGGCACGGGAUGACCAACAAGGUCUGAAUUGGUCUGUAAUAAGGUAGGGGCACUGAUAAGGGGUUGACAGGUAUGGAUGAGGCAGUCCCGCGAUUAGUUUGGCGGCCAUUUUUGUCCUUCGUCACAAUUCCUGCGAAAAUUCCUGCAUUAGUUUCGACCUUUCGAGGUCUCAUCAGCAGAGUGAGCAUUGUUGAAUAUGUCUUGCUGGAGGUACCGGAGGUUUGCCGGUGAGAGCACUCCGUCUUUAAGAUGUGCUCAAGUCUCCCGAGAUACCAUCGGUAGGCCAGGGUUCCGGGUUGUUAUUCGUGCUUUCGAGGUCCCUGACUCUCUGUUCACAAUCAACAAGGACCUUAAUUUUAACACACGACCAAUAUUAUCCAUAAUAGAGGUUUUUUUUUUUGGAAGAGAGGGGUUUAACGACACAUUUAUAUUUAAGCGAUCGAACGUCCCAAAAAAAGACCUCUAUUAAGGACCUUCAUGAUGGCGGGCAGGCCUGGGGUAAAACCUGGGCCCGAACCUUCGCCUGCUAGCGAUAUCGUAGUAUCCGGCCAAAGCGCGAAGAUGAAAUGCUCGACCCGCUGUUUGUCGCGCAACAACAAAAUAAGAAGCAAUAUGGCACAGAGGCACUCGUCAGCGUGCAACUUGCGAAGCGUGUGGCGCGGUUUACGAAGAAUAGCCAGAGUUUACACUAUGAGACCUCUCCUUUACCAGUGGCAAAAUAUAGUAGUAGGUUUUUACCCUUUAAACUGGUACAAAAACUGACACCUUUAUACAAGGCAUCAUGUUUUCAAUAACCACAACACAAGCAGUCAAAAUGCAAACAAAAAGAAACAACUCUGAUAGUGAUAAUGAAAUGCACUGUCCUUGAAGUUGAUUGGUCCACACCCGAGACAGCUUUCCUUAGAGCCUAGUCUCCAUUGGUGUUGGACCAGAUGACACCAAAAGGCGUGCUUGUGUUGUGGUUAUUGCAAACAUGAUGCCUUGUAUAAAGGUGUCAGUUUUGUACCAGUUUAAAGGGUAAAACCUUCUACUAUAAUAGCCAGAGUUUCCACAUCGAACUGGAAGCGCGUUUAAGUCCAUCGGACGAAUUGGUCUUCCAGUUCGAAUAGCUAUGCAGCAGGCAUUUGUAUCAGUGGGAACACUCCGGAGUGGUUUCGACAUUUAUGGGUCUCAGCAGCAGCAGCAGUCAGACCUUCUGGGGUUUCUUUUUUGUUGUGCCAGAUGUUAUUGGCAAGAGCGCUCGCCCCCUUCAUCGCUAAGGCGGGGUUGGUUAGAGGUUCCGUUCGGUACAACAAGCAAUGCAAUGCAAGUUCAUUCUCCACCUGUUGUUGUGUGGCGGUCAGCUUAUAUCAUGACUUACAGCUGCCCCCCAUCCCCUUCUCAUUCAACUGUCCUCUGUUGGAGGCCAGCCUCAUGCCAUGUCGGUUGUAGGGGGGGGGUGGGGGGUGUUUGACCAUACUUCAUACUUCACCUGGCCACUGCUGGUUUGGAGAGGUGGGUUUCUUGUGGGCUGCCCCGGGAUCAACUGUGUAUAAAAUAUAUAAAUGUAUACAUUGUGUAAAUAGAUAUUAUAGAAUGUUAUAUUUAUUUAUUUAUUCCUGCCAUUUAAACCUGCCAAAAAAUACCACCAGUCCGUAUGCUCAGGCAAUCGGGCCGUCCCAUAUUUCAAAAUCGCUUGCGUAGAUUCCAUUAGAACACGGGUAAACAACGCCGUGAUAUCACUUAAACACGAGCCACUCGAUGUAAGUGUUUAGUUACUUUCACUUAAGAAAAAAAGGUUCACUCAACAAGUAUUUUAACUUCGAAAGAAGAAACACGUCACGCAUUUAUUUUGAACACGACCAGAUCUAAAUCCCCGCACAACUUCAAAUCGUCACCCGUGCUGCUCCACAACAGCGCAGACGCGAUAGUUAAAAUCGGAGCCGUCCCAAGGGUACACGGCGAAUCGGGCCGACCGCCCUGGGCCCCGCGCUUUGGGGGGAGGGGGGGCGGUGGCGAGUGGGGUGCGCUUUUCGACGUCACGGUGUCAAAUGGAAUGUUUCCGAUUUUUGGUGUGUGAGUUUCCCCGGGCUUCGCACUUACCCCCCCCCCCCCAUCCUCGCCCUAGGGACGGCUUUGGUUAUAAUCGACUGUUAUCGAUCUGCAUCAUCGAUCUGCAUCAUCGAUCGUUAUACAGCCGAUUCGGUGGUGAGAGGCGGGGUGCAAUGG